AUGCCUUUGGAGAUGAGUUCUCCGACCUUCUUUCUGCGUGCCCUUUUCACUCUUUUGAUCGUAAAUAUCGACUCAGCCUGGGCUGAAGAGGUGGCUCAACGUGCAGACAACUGGCCUGCACCUCCAGUGGUGAACAAACCACUGCUAGCAAUUCAAAUCGGAAGCAUUGUGGGCGCCUACGUGAUCUUCGUUGCUCUUCUUCUCGCUCUGCUUAUCUUUGUCGGACGUCGUCUCCGUCAAUCGGUUCAGUCUUCCAACUAUACUCUGCAUAUGGAAAUGCUGAAGCCUGUCAGACCGCCUGUCAGCAUGGAUCCCAGCCCAGUAUCCCCCAUGUCGCACAACCUUCCCAGUCCCAAAUCCGGUGGAUUCAAGUCCUGGGGGUCACUACACAGAAGUGCCAGACCCUCCCAGCCAUCUGUUAACGGCAGCAUGUUGACCAUCGACCAAUCAAUCGUCGCAACCGACCGGCAAAGAGCCCAGGACGAGAUGGAGAUGUUGUAUGCUGCUGUCAUGGAGCACGAUGCCCAAAAGGCAUCUGGUAUCGACUUGCCCAUGAGAGAACCGGAGUAUCAGACACGGUCCCCAGAUAGCCAAAUCACCAAUCCAUUCACGGACCGUGGCUCCCACGGAUCGGACCACUCCCUGGCUCCGCUGAAGUCGCCGACCAAGGGCUUCAACAGUUCUCGUCUCUCCAAGCUCUUCAAUUCAGGAUCCCGCGCAAGUCCUGAGCCAAGCAAAGUCCGCUCACCUCGCUUGGCAAUUCGGAAGCUCCCAAUCUCAUCUCCACUGGCUUCCCCAGCGCCGGCAACACCUCAGGCGUAUAUUCCCGAAAACCCCCCUCUCUCCCCACGGAUCUACAACCCUGGCCCACCACCAACGGUGCCCCGGUUACAGAUUGAGCCUCCAGUCAUGCCUGCUCCAGGUCGUUCACGGCCACCGGCGCCUUUGACUCUGGGUCCUGCUGCCUCUGCAUCGCCAUCAUCUUCUCUGCCUUUCCGUGAGGCAUAUCCACAGCAGAGUGCCCCGGCAACUAAGACCACAUUCCUUGAGCGACCUUCAAAGCACCGAGCAGGUCCGGUGACGGGUAUGCCUACGCCGUACAGUCCUUAUAUGCCGUUUACUCCUGUGACACCGUUUACACCCGGGCGCACCGUAACAAAGCGGCAGCGCAAGCGUGAGGAGCGAGGAAAUGGGCUGCAGGUUCUGAAUGAGGAUGACUUGGUUAAGAAUGACGACGAUAUCUGGGGUUGA